UUAGAGUGGGGCAAUUUAUUGAUCGUCUACCAGCCGACAUUACUUUCUCAUCGCCGGUCUAUGCUUUGUUAAGUUAGGGACUUGGGGUUUUACAGUUUUACAUUCCCGUUCUCCCCUCUUGAGGAUGGCCGGAAUGAAACUGACGCCAGAAGAAUCCGAUGUCACGCAGGUCAGGCUGACAGCAGCGGCCGACCUAAUUUCCGAUGACGACCGAUCCGUGGCCGCGGACUCUUGGUCUAUAAAGAGUGAAUAUGGGAGCACCCUCGACGACGAGCAGCGUCACGCUGAUGCCGCUGAAGCCCUUUCCGCGGCCAGUUACAGAGCCGCGUCUGAUUACAGUUCUGAUAAAGAAGAUCAAGAUGCCGAUGGCGUUUCCUCAAUGCUUGGUUUCCAGACUCAUUGGGAUGCCACCUAUGCUGAUGAAUUGGCAAAUUUUAGAGAACAUGGUCAUACGGGUGAAAUUUGGUUUGGUGCUGAUGUAAUGGAAACUGUUGGUUCCUGGACCAAAAGCUUGUGCAUUGAUAUCACCCUAGGUCACUUUCCAAAUCAGAUAGGCAAUAGCAGUUCAGGUCCUGCUGGGCAUUACGAAAAAGAUUUGUCGAAAUGGAGUGUGCUGGAUAUUGGGACUGGAAAUGGCUUGCUUCUUCAAGAGCUUGCUAAACAGGGGUUCUCUGAUCUCACUGGAACUGAUUAUAGUGAAGGAGCAAUUGACCUUGCUCGUAAUCUUGCUGAUCGUGAUGGUUUUUCUGAGAUCAAAUUCUUGGUUGAUGAUGUUCUUGAAACAAAGUUAGAUAGGAAGUUUCAUCUUGUUAUGGAUAAAGGUACUUUAGAUGCCAUUGGAUUGCAUCCUGACGGGCCUAUCAAAAGGAUCAUGUACUGGGAAUCAGUCUUAAAACUUGUAGCUCCUGGUGGGUUAUUGGUAAUCACAUCAUGUAACAGUACGAAAGACGAAUUGGUAGAAGAGGUGUCUGCAUUGAAUCAAAGAAGAAACCCUGUCAGUCAAGAAUCGGAGGAGAAUCAAGAGCAGCAGGAAACCCCCAGAGAUACCCCUCCAUUCCGUUACCUUGAUCAUGUUCGAUCUUAUCCGACAUUCAUGUUCGGAGGAUCCGUAGGAUCUCGUGUUGCCACAGUUGCAUUCCUAAAAGAACUUUCAUCUAUUUGAGUGAAUCUGACUUGCAAUGCUAUUAAUUUCUAUGUAUUCUACAUUGAUAGUCGGCGUUUUAUGAUACUGUUCAGACUGCCAAAUGCUACCGCUUUAUAUAAACUGAAAAUAGUAGUAGCAUCACUGUUUAAUUGCAC